CAAUGAAACUGGCCGCGAUGAUCAAGAAGAUGUGCCCGAGCGACUCUGAGCUGAGUAUCCCUGCCAAGAACUGCUACCGGAUGGUCAUCCUCGGCUCAUCCAAGGUAGGCAAGACCGCCAUCGUGUCGCGCUUCCUCACGGGCCGCUUCGAGGACGCCUACACCCCUACCAUCGAGGACUUCCACCGAAAGUUUUACUCGAUCCGCGGCGAGGUCUACCAGUUGGACAUACUGGACACGUCCGGCAAUCAUCCAUUCCCUGCCAUGCGGCGCCUCUCCAUCCUCACAGGAGACGUUUUCAUUCUGGUGUUCAGCUUGGACAACCGCGACUCAUUCGAGGAGGUGCAAAGGCUCAAACAGCAGAUUCUGGACACCAAGGCGUGUCUCAAGAACAAAACCAACGAAAAUGUGGACGUGCCCCUGGUCAUUUGCGGUAACAAAGGGGACCGGGACUUCUACCGCGAAGUGGAGCAGCGGGAGAUUGAGCAGCUGGUGGGCGACGACCCUCAGCGUUGUGCCUACUUCGAGAUCUCAGCCAAGAAGAACAGCAGCCUGGACCAGAUGUUCCGUGCACUCUUUGCCAUGGCCAAGCUGCCGAGCGAGAUGAGCCCCGACUUGCACCGCAAGGUGUCCGUGCAGUACUGCGACGUGCUGCACAAAAAGGCUCUGAGGAACAAGAAGCUUUUGCGUGCAGGCAGCGGCGGCGGCGGCGGCGGCGACCCCGGAGACGCCUUUGGAAUCUUGGCGCCCUUUGCGCGCAGACCUAGCGUGCACAGCGACCUCAUGUACAUUCGUGAAAAGACCAAUGUCGGCAGCCAGGCCAAGGACAAGGAGCGCUGUGUCAUCAGUUAGGUGCCCCCAGCAUCGGCCACACAACCCGAGGACCUUUUUUGUUCAAAAGUCAAAUCGGAUUCCCGGGCUAGCCCGCGCGCUCCGUGCCACGAGGGUGCCAACUGGCCUUCUCCCUCGCUCCCUGCGACCUAGCCCUGUGUACCGGGAGACGCUGCCAGACCAGUAAGGGACAGUCAUCUGUUGGGAAAGGAAAGAGAACUGGCUAAGACUGGACUCUCUAGCCACUGAUAACCCCCGCUGGUGCCUGCCCGCACUUGUGGGAUGCCAGGACCCAGCAGAGGUACUUGGCUUUUUUCUCAGACUUGAGAAUGAGAGUGUGUGAAGUUCAUCAGCCUGUGAGACUUCAAGUAUCUGUCCUGCCUGCUGAAGGGCCAAGACCAACAAGGCAUUAUCCUGUCUGUGAUUGGUGUUGCCAUGACAGCUGUCAGCCACUUCAGCCCUCCGCAAACUGGAAACUUUGGUGCGAGAUGGGGGCUUUAAUCAUAGGCAAGAGAUUUGUUUACAUGUGUGUGUGGAAUUGCUCAAAGAAAAACCACAAAACUUGCACUUUAAUUUAGUUCCAGUGUCAACAUGACAUGAACAAAAUCUCUACAUUUCUAUUGUGUGAAGUCUUUAUUAUUUUUUUAUUUAAAAUAAAAUAAUUUUAAAAAUUGAAAAUGU